CUCAGCGUCACGUGGUUCCUGCCUAGCGACAGUGCUGGGCAAGGUUAAGGACAGUGUCGUGGGCGGGUUGUAGUUUUUAUUAAAUGGCAUUUUAAUUGAUGUAAACUUUCAAUUUUCUUUCUGCUAAAUUAAUGUUCGUAAGCUUGUGUUGCUCGCAGCAGGGCGAAGGGAUUUAUUAGAAAUCGCGAAAUUUUCGGUGAAAUCGACAGCGGAGCGCGAAGGGCUUCUCCUACGGCUAGGCCGCGUUUCUGAGCUGCGGUGGUGGUUGUGUUGACGCCGCCGCUGCGCGUGGCGCUGGUGCCGAUGUUCCCGGUGAUGAAGCCGGUGUUGGGCGCUCAGACCAUGCACAGGCUGAAGGGGCGCGGAGGCCGUGGGGUGCCCAUGGAGGUUCCCAUUUGGGAUGAGCGCCAGGCCUACGAGGAACUUCUCUACUGGGAGGACCUUGUCCGUCGCGGGAAGCGUCUGCGGCCCGACGACUUUAAACGCUACGAGGACCUGAGCUUCUGGUACGAGCGCUAUUGCUUCGAGGAGGACAUGCGCUACCAGGAGGACAUGCGCGCCUACGAGGCGGAGAUGCGCUACUGGGAGGAGUACCAGCGCUACGAGGAGGAGCUGCGCCACUACGAGUACCUGUCGGCGCAGGAGCGCUCCGACCAGGCCGUGCGCAAGCCCAAGCUGCCCUCUACACCCGGCCCGGCUCAGCGGCCCACGUGCCACUCAGAGUACGAGCGCCACGUGUUGGCCAAGCACACGGCCAUCUACCCCACGCAGGCCGAGCUCGAGGCUGUGCAGACCCUGGUCACCGUCACCGAGAAGGCUCUGAAGCUCCUGUCCGAUGAUUUGGAUACCGACGCCGGGGCUGCUGGUGCUGCUGGUGCUGCUGCUACUCCCGGAGCCGCCUCUGUCGGGGCUCCUGCUGCUGCUGCUGUUGCCGCUGGCGCCGGGGCUGGUGGCGCCGGCGGUGGGGCUGGCGGUGCGGUAGACCCAGCGGACCGCACGCUGCGUGGCGUGAUGCGCGCUGGUCCCGUCGCCAAGGGGUUGCUGCUCAAGGGAGACUUGGAGCUGGCGCUGGUUUUAAUCUGUAAGGACAAGCCGACCAAGACGCUGCUGGGACGCAUCGUGCAACUUCUGCCCAAGCACCUCAAGACGGUGCGUGCGCAGGCGGUGGCCGAGAACAAGGAGUCGUUCGGGGUGGAGAACCAAGCCAAAGAAGCAGCCCUGCUGGUCACCUGGAACCGGCCGGGGGCACCGACCCUCACCAUCACCGUCACGCUCACCUGCCCCCUCAUCCGUGAGGAGGCCGAUCGCAAAGCCGAGGCUGAGACGGCGCCCACUCCAGACGGGCCGGACGCGCUGGACAGGCAGAAAUGCCUUGACGCGUUGGCGUCCCUGCGACACGCCAAGUGGUUUCAGGCCCGUGCAUCGUCUUUGAGGUCGUGCGUCAUCGUCAUCCGCAUACUCCGUGACCUGUGUGCGCGCGUGCCCACGUGGUCUUCACUCAAGGGAUGGGCGAUGGAGCUGAUCUGUGAGAAGGCGAUCGGCACGAGUGAGCGCCCGCUGGGCGUGGGCGAGGCUCUGCGCCGCGUGCUCGAGUGCCUCGCCUCGGGCAUCCUCCUCGCAGACGGCUGUGGCAUCUCUGACCCAUGCGAGAAGGAGUUGACGGACGCCCUGGCCUCGAUGACACAGCAGCAGCGCGAGGACAUCACGCAGAGCGCGCAGCAUGCGCUGCGGUUGCUAGCCUUCGGGCAGGUCCACCGUGUGCUGGGCAUGGAUCCGCUCCCCAAGAAGGGCAAGGGAGUCAGCGACGCAGGUGAUACGGUACAAGGCGCCGGCCCCGUGGCUCUGAAGAGACCCCUGGAGAACUCCUCUCAGCCCGACGCCAAGAAGCGCAAGUUCGGCCUCAAAGGGGAGGUUAAGGGCAAGGAGUCGAGCCAGCCGAUGAAUGCGGUGAUGCGCCUGAACCACAUCCGCACGGGGCUGCAGUACAAGCUGAUCUCCGAGUCGGGGCCCGUGCACGCGCCCGUCUUCACCAUGGGCGUGGAGGUCAACGGCGUCGCCUACGAGGCCUCGGGAUCGUCCAAGAAGGCCGCCAAGCUGCACGUCGCUGUCAAGGUGCUUCAGGCUCUGGGCCUACCCACAGGCGUGGAGAUGAAGAUGAUGGAGGAGGAGGCAAAGGCCAGUGAGGAGGGCCUCAAGGGCGAGGCCUCGGCGGGGACCUCGGUGGCCUCGGUGGCCUCGGUGGCCGCGGUGGUGACGGUUGUGGAGGCGGGCACGGCGCUGACCGAGGUCAAGGCGGAGGGCAAGGGAGCCAGCAGAGAAGCGGCGUCGGCAAACUCCGCCGCUACCACCAAGACUUGCGUGGCGGUGAUGAAGCAGCCCGGCCUGGUGCUUACCGCGCAGGGCAAGAACCCCAUCAUGGAGCUGAACGAGAAGCGUCGCGGACUCAAGUACGAGGUCACGUCGGAGGAGGGGGGCAGCCAUGACAAGCGCUUCAUCAUCCAGGUGGAGGUGGACGGUGAGAUGUUCAAGGGGACGGGCAGCAACAAGAAAGUGGCCAAGGCCAACGCGGCACUCGCUGCCCUGGAGAAGCUCUUCUCUGGGCCCAACGUGCCGUGCCCCCCCACCAAGACCUUCAAGCAGAAUAUUCCUGGAGGUCGGGGCAGAGGAUUCGGCCGUGGGAGAAGUCGUGGCAGAGGAUUCGGCUACAGUUCAUAUGACGGCGGAAAUAAAACCGGCUACAACCCCAGCUCCAAUUUUGGAAAUGAUGGUAACAUUCAAGGCCAUGGUGGUGGUGGUGGUGGCUUCUUCUCAAGCGGUGGCUUCCUGAGCUCCGGCUCCCAGAACCAAGGUGGUCCGGCAGGCGCCGGCAACGCCACGGCUGCCGCCGCCGCCGCCCCUACUGCCCCGGCACCUGGGCCAUCCUUCCCCAGCAGUGGUGGUGGUGGCGGUGGCGGCGGUGGUGGUGGUGGUGGUGGUGCUGCUGGUGGUGGCGGUGGUGGUGGCGGCGGCGGCAGCAUUGGGUCAUCGGCAUCAUCCGCGGCAAAUAAGAACCAGUACCUGCCCGCCAGUGGAGGUCGGGGUGCUGGGAAACCGCAGUACGGUGGUGGAGGAACAGGCGGUGGCUUUCGUGGUGGUGGUGGUGGAACUGGUGGUGGUGGGAGUGGUGGUGUGAGCGGUGGUGGUAGUAGCAGCGUUGGUGUGGUUAGUAGCGGUGGCGGACCUCCGCCCAAGCCGAUUUCUGCACCAGCGACACGUGGCGCUAAAUCGUACCACUAUCAGAAACAGGGCGGCUACGGUGGUGGUGGUGGUGGCGGUGGCGGUGGUGGCGGUGGCGGCGGUGGUGGUGGUGGCGGCGGUGGCGGAGGCGGCGGCGGAGGCAGUAGUGGCGGUGGUAGUUACCACCAACAGCACCAGCAACAACAGCAUCAUCAGCCACAGCACCAGCAGAAGCCUCAGCAGCAGCACCACCAUCAUCAACAGCAGCAGCAGCAACAGCCUCACCACCAUCAGCAACAACAACAACAGCAGCAGCAGCAGCAGCCGCAACAACAGAGUAGCGGCUACCAGAGCUAUCAGACCCAUGGCGCGAGCUACCAGGCAUCCGGCGCUGGCUACCAGCAGUCGAGCUACGCGCCGGCGGGCAGCUACGGGGCUCAGGGCGCCGGCUACCAGAGCUCAUCGGUGCCGUCCAGCUACAAAAGCCACGCGGCCAGCGCCGGCAGCGGGUACAGCACCCCGGCGUCGGCGUACGCCGGCUAUGGCCAGGGCAGCUACUCCAGCGCCGGCGUCGGCGGCGGCGUCGCCGGCACCUCCUCCGCGUCCGUCUACGGCUCGGCCCAGCCGGAGCCGGCGCCCGUCGACCACUCCCUGCGCUACUACUCGUCGGCGCAGGGCGGCUACUCCGGCGCCGGCUACGGCGCCAUCGGCCAAACCGUCGGCGCCACCACCGCCGCCGUGGCGGCCGCGGCGGCGGCGGCGGCCAUGGCGGCGCAGCACAAGAAAGCUUACGACAGCGCCGCGUCGGCGGCCGGCAAGGCGGUGUACGCGGUCGGGACCACCGGCUCGGCCGCCGUCAAGCAGCAGCAGCAGCAGCAGCAGGUUGCGCAGUACCCGUUGGCGGCGGCGCAGGCGGUGCAGGCGGUGCAGAUGGCGCAGUACCCGUCGGUGUACGGGGCCGGCGGGUACGCGGCGAGCUACGCGGCGCAGCCAGCCGCGGCCACCGACUACGACGCGAGCGGCUACGGAACCUCCUACGCGUACGGAGCCACCGCGGGGUUCGCAACUCCCAUCCCCGCGGCCACGGGAUACGCCACAGGCUACGGCGCCCAGUCAACGUUCGCGCCAGCCGGGGCGGCCCCCGUGACGUACGCGGCGGCCCCCAGCGCGGCGCAGGCCUACAUCGCCACCCCCACCGUCUACAUCUCGUCGCAGCCCGUGGCAGGAUACGGACGCGCCGACCCCUCGCUGCUGCAGACCUACCAGCAGUACCGCUAGCCCUGCCCCCUGCCCCCUGCCCCCUGCCCCCUGCCCCCUGCCCCCUGCCCUCUGCCCUCUGCCCUCUGCCCCCUGCCCUCUGCCCCCUGCCCCUCUGCCCCCUGCCCCAUGCCCCCCUUGCGUUUGAAGCGAAAGUUCCAAGGCUUAAGUGUUCCCACCCCGCCGUUUGGUUUGACCCGGGUUCGACACGCUAUAUCCAUUGUGUGAUAUACCCAUAGUUGCCGGCAUACAGAUACACAGGCAUACAGAUACACAGGCAUACAGAUACACAGGCAUACAGUUACACAGGCAUACAGAUACACAGGCAUACAGUUACACAGGCAUACAGUUACACAGGCAUACAGAUACACAGGCAUACAGUUACACGGGCAUACAGAUACACAGACACAGGCAUACAGAUACACAGACACACAGGCAUACAGAUACACAGGCAUACAGUUACACAGACACACAGGAAUACAGAUACACAGGCAUACAGGCAUACAGAUACACAGACACAGGCAUACAGAUACACAGACACACAGGCAUGCAGACACACAGGCAUACAGACACACAGACACAGGCAUACAGUUACACAGACACACAGACACACAGGUAUACAGAUACAC